CAGACACCAUGCCGGAUCUUGUUUUUAUUACGGCAACUAAUCGGCUGCUUCCCGAUGAUAAACAGGCUAGGAAACUUAUACGGAAGCAGGCUAUGAGCAAACCUGCCCAUGCCAGACGAAAACGAGGCGGUUAUGGACAGCAUAACCUGAUACAGUAUCCAUCUGAAAUCUUUUAUGGUAAAGGGAAUGGAAAGAGAGAUAUCGCCUGGGAGGCAAUUCGGGCCAUCGUACCGAGCCUACCGAGCUGUCAGUACGAGAGAAUGAGGGCGAAGUACAACUUUGAUCUUCUUGAUCUGUCACAAUUGACCUCAUUUCACAUUAGCUAUGCGACGGCAAGCUCUCUUGCAAGCAAACCGGAUAUGUUAAGCGAUAUUCUCGGCCGCCGGCAUUGGUCAUACUUGAACUAUCUUCCGGCCCGCAUCGGGCAGAAUGGUGCCUUAGACAAGGCUGCUGCAUGUGUGGCCGCUAGAGCUCAGCAAUGGCUUGUUUCCCCAUCGGAGCGGAUAUCCAGUAGCAUAUUGAAGCUUUACUCGGAAGCACUGGCGGCUCUUCAAGCCGAGCUGCAGUCUCCCGACACACGUCUUCGGCCAGACGUGCUCUGUGCCACAGAGCUACUUGGAAUAUAUGAGCUGUUGAAGAUGUCGACGGAAGAUGCUUGGAACUACCACUCCACAGGGGCAGCAGCACUGAUCAAACUUCGUGGCCCUGAACGCUGUCAGAGCGACUUCGAGAAGGCACUACUGCUAUCCCAUGUUGGUCAAAUUUUUCACGACGCGCUCAACGUUAAUCAGAGCUGUUUCUUAAGUGAUGGUGAAUGGCAAGCGGUGCUGCGCUCAAUACCUACAAACGACAAUCUGUUUUCCGAUAGGAGUGAGCCAAUUGUAGCGCUACUGACCAACGUAUGCCAUGUGCCGGAAUAUUUCCAUAAAACGACGCAAAUUAUUUGUGUCACUCGCGACGAUACUCCUGACUAUUGGAUUGACGAUGUUAUGAGCAAUUUAUUUCGACUUCGACUAGCAUGUUUGCAGUGGCAAGAAAGCUAUUUCGGGUCAGCUGCAGCGGGCUGCUUUAAUAUGCCAAUAGAUACAGACAGGCAGCAUGAGGCUCUCGGAUUCAGCUUUGCUGUCUCCAUCGUAAUAAAUCGACUACUCUUUUCUUUGGACCCGAUAGCGAAUGCUUACUGCGAAGAGACGGCGCAGAAGUAUGCAUCGAACAUCCUUCAGAUAAAGAAGAUAAAUUUGUCAAACGAAUCUCAGGCAGAACUUUUCAUGGCAAUCAAGCUCAGUGUUGCAAGAACUGCCCAAUCUACAGCAACGAAGUGGAAAGACUGGUACGAAAAUGCUCAGCUGGAGCCAUCAACCGGAUAUCUUCUAAUGCCGAAAGAAGUCUUCACCGAUUGGUGCCGCAGGAUGAACUGGGAGACACCUUGAUCCGAUAUGAAAGGAAUAGGCAUUUGGAAUAUUUUCAUCAGGCGAUCGUCUUGUUUAUAAUAUUGUAGCAUUACUGGUAGAUCAAGCUGAAUUAUACUCACGUAUACGGAG